UUGAUUCUUCACUAACCAACUAACAAAUCAGAUAGACUUACAGACCAUGUCCAGAAGAAGUGACGGGAUCAACUAUGCCGAGUUGGACCGAGGUAAUUAUUCAGACGAUUCUUACGAUGAGGAUAUGGACGAAUCGGGAAGCAAGAAGAAGGAUGAUGACUAUUCCUAUGGAUCUACUCGAAAGAGAAAAGUCGGAAAUAAUACUAAACCAAAAGCUCCUAGUCGUAAGAGAGUCAAAGAAGCCGUAGAAACCAUCAAUUCCGAACUUCCAGACACUCCUGUAUCUGAUGAUGAACUAUUAGAAUUUACACCUGAUAUCCCUGCUGAUUAUAUUCCUGAUGCAGUAUCUAAAGCAUUUGGGAAUUCUGAUUUUUCAUAUUUAAAAUUAAAACCUGAUCAUUUCUCUCGACCUUUAUGGAUAUCUCCAAAUGAUAUACGAAUUAUUUUAGAAUCAUUUUCUCCAUUAGCAGAACAAGCUCAAGAUUUUUUAAUUACAAUUGCUGAACCAAUAUCGAGACCAUCUCAUAUUCAUGAAUAUAGAAUUACUACUUAUUCAUUAUAUGCUGCUGUAUCAGUAGGGUUAGAACCUGAUGAUAUAAUUCUGGUAUUAAAUCGAUUAUCAAAAGUUCCAGUUCCAGAUUCUAUAAUCAAUUUUAUUAGACAAGCUACAGUAUCUUAUGGUAAAGUCAAAUUAGUUUUAAAACAUAAUAAAUAUUUUGUAGAAAGUACUCAAGCAGAUGUAUUACAAACAUUAUUAAGAGAUCCAAUAAUUGGACUGUUUCGUAUAUCUUCAGCAGAAAGUACUAUAAGUAAUGGAUUAGUUCAAUCAUCAGCACCAAAACAAGGAGAUUUAGUUAUACCUGGUACAAAAAAGAAAGAUGAAACCACGACAAAUAAUACUGAAACUGAAGAAAUCUUUGCAUCAGUAGUUGGAGAAAAAGAUGAUGAUGAUAUAGAUACAGUUCAUUCAUUUGAAAUUGCAAAGGAUUCAGUUGAAGCAGUUAAAAAAAGAUGUGGAGAAAUAGAUUAUCCAGUAUUAGAAGAAUAUGAUUUUAGAAAUGAUACAGUUAAUACUAAUUUGGAAAUUGAUUUAAAACCUUCAACACAAAUUAGACCUUAUCAAGAAAAAUCUUUAGCUAAAAUGUUUGGUAAUGGUAGAGCAAGAUCAGGUAUUAUAGUUCUUCCAUGUGGAGCUGGGAAAACUUUAGUAGGAAUUACUGCUGCAUGUACAAUUAAAAAAUCAGUAAUUGUAUUAUGUACUUCUUCAGUAUCAGUAAUGCAAUGGAGACAACAAUUUUUACAAUGGUGUACAAUUCAACCAGAAAAUGUGGCAGUAUUUACUUCAGAAAAUAAACAAAUGUUUUCAACUGAAUCAGGUUUAGUUGUUUCAACUUAUUCUAUGAUAGCCAAUAGUCAAAAGAGAUCUCAUGAUUCAGAAAAAGUUAUGGAAUUUUUAAGAGGUAGAGAAUGGGGGUUUAUUAUUCUUGAUGAAGUUCAUGUUGUACCUGCAACUAUGUUUAGAAGAGUAGUUACAACUAUUGCUGCUCAUUCUAAAUUAGGUCUUACUGCUACAUUAGUUCGUGAAGAUGAUAAAAUUGAUGAUUUAAAUUUCUUAAUUGGACCUAAAUUAUAUGAAGCAAAUUGGAUGGAUUUAGCUCAAAAUGGUCAUAUUGCUAAUGUUCAAUGUGCAGAAGUUUGGUGUCCAAUGACUUCAGAAUUUUAUCAAGAAUAUUUAAAGGAAUCUGCUCGUAAAAAAAUGUUAUUAUAUAUUAUGAAUCCUACUAAAUUUCAAGCUUGUCAAUAUUUAAUUCAUUAUCAUGAAAAGAGAGGUGAUAAAAUUAUUGUAUUUAGUGAUAAUGUUUAUGCAUUACAAGAAUAUGCUCUUAAAUUAGGUAAAUCAUUUAUUUAUGGGGCAACUCCUCAACUGGAAAGAAUGAAAAUUUUACAAAAUUUUCAACAUAAUGAUGAAGUUAAUACUAUAUUUUUAUCUAAAGUUGGUGAUACAUCAAUUGAUCUUCCUGAAGCAACUUGUUUAAUUCAAAUAUCUUCUCAUUAUGGUUCAAGAAGACAAGAAGCUCAAAGAUUAGGUAGAAUUUUACGAGCUAAAAGACGUAAUGAUGAAGGUUUUAAUGCAUUUUUUUAUUCAUUAGUAUCAAAAGAUACUCAAGAAAUGUAUUAUUCAACUAAAAGACAAGCAUUCCUUGUUGAUCAAGGUUAUGCAUUUAAAGUUAUUACUCAUUUAAAUGGAAUGGAACAAUUACCUGAUUUAGCUUAUUCAUCAGAUAGAGAAAGAAGAGAAUUAUUACAACAAGUAUUAUUAAAAAAUGAAGAUCAAGCUAAAUUAGAAGUUGGUGAUGAUAUAGAUACAAAUUUUAUAUCUGAUUCAACUCGUUUAAAACUUGAAAAUAGUAGUGCAUCAAGAACUGCUGGAUCUUUAGCAGGUUUGGCAGGAGGAGAAGAUAUGGCAUAUGUUGAAUAUGGUAAAAGUAAAAAUAAAGAAUUAAAGGAACAUAAUCCAAUAAUUCAGAAAUUAUAUUAUAAGAAGGCGAAAGAGAAUAAGGAAACUAAGUAAAUAGAAAUUCUUAAUAUAGUAUAUAAGGAUAAUGCAUUGAUAAUUGAAUUCAAUUAACUAAAACUAAUUUAACUAAGAAAAAACCAAUUAUCGUAUUUAAUUAUGCCAAUAGGUAACAUCACCAGGAUGUCAACUAGUAAUAAAGUCUCCAAAGUCAUCAUCAGUAUCAUCACUACUAUCAGAAAUAGUAAUCCUCAUAUUAUUAUUAUUAUUAUUAUUAUUAUUAUUAUUAUUAUGAAUAUUAUCAUGAAUAUUAUUAUUAUUCUCAUGAUCAAUGGGGAAUAAAGUGAAAUCAG